UAGAAGUAGGACCUCGCGACGGUCUCUAAAAUGAGCCGAAAAUCCUCUAAACAUCUGAAAAAAUACGGCUAAUCAAUUCUUUAUCAUAAACAGGUCUAAAAGUAGUUGAAUGUACAAGUUUUGUAUCACCUAAAUGGGUUCCUUAAAUGAGUGAUAAUAUAGAAGUAUAUAAAGGAAUAAAUAAAAUUUCGAAAUUGUCUUAUCCAUGUUUAGUUCCUAAUAUAAAAGGAUUAGAUUAAGCUAUAGAAGUUGGAGUUAAAGAAAUUGCUAUAUUUGGAGCUGCCUCUGAAACAUUUACUAAAAAAAUAUAAAUUGUACAAUUUAAGAGAGUAUUUAAAGAUUUAAAGAAGUUACAGAAAAGGCUAAAUUAAAUAAUAUAAAAUUUAGAGGAUAUGUUUCGACUGUAUUAGGUUGUCCAUAUUAAGGAGAUGUGAAUCCUUAAAUAGUAGCCGAAGUAAGUAAAAGUCUAUAUGACUUAGGAUGUUAUGAAAUAAGUCUAGGUGAUACUAUAGGUAUAGGUACACCUGAAAAAACUUAAAAAAUGCUCCAAGAGGUUAAAAAAGUUAUCCCAGUAAAUCAAUUAGCAGCCCAUUUUCAUGAUACAUAUGAUAAAGCUAUUGAAAAUAUAUUUAUAGCCUUAGAAAACAAUAUUUCAGUUAUAGACACUAGUAUUGCAGGGUUAGGAGGGUGUCCUUAUGCUAAAACGUAAGCAGGAAAUGUUUGUACUGAAAAUGUAGUUUAUUGCUUAAAUGAAUUAGGUGUUUAAACUGGAGUUGAUUUAGAUAAAAUUAUUAAAAUUGGAUAAGAUAUUACUUAAUUAUUGGGGAGAGAAAAUAUGUGCUUUUUAUGAUUUUUUGUUUGUU